CCGCGAUGCAAGCGAUGGGCAUGGAGGAGCGCAAGGCGCCACUGCUGGCACCUUCUGCGCUACUCCGUCAGCGGUGGAAGGUCAUUGAUAAGAUUGGCCAAGGCGCCUUCGGCGAGAUCUACCGAGCCAUGGACGUGCUCUCGCAAGAGCUGGUGGCCAUCAAGUCGGAGGAGGCCAACUCCAAGAAACAGGUGCUCAAGCUCGAGGUUGCAGUGAUCAAGAAGAUGCAGGGGAACCCUGCGUUUUGUCGGUUCAUCUACUGCGGCCGCCACGCCAACGUCAACUACGUGGUCAUGGACUUGCUUGGUGAGAACCUGUCGGACCUCCGGCGCAAGAUGGGCGGCAAGUUCUCCAUCGCAACCACCGCCCGCCUCACCCUGCAACUCAUCCGCGGCAUUCAAGCCAUCCACGAGCAGGGCUACCUUCAUCGCGACAUCAAGAGCUCCAACUUUGCCAUGGGCCGCGACCGCGACACCGCCCACCAGUGCUAUAUUAUCGACUUUGGCCUCGCCCGCCGCUACCUGCUCCCCAACGGCCAGGUUCGCCCGCCACGCGAGACAACCGGCUUCCGCGGCACCGCCCGCUACGCCUCGAUCAACUCGCAUCUCGGUCGCGAGCUCGGCCGCCGCGACGACCUCUACUCGCUUCUCUACGUUUGCAUCGAGUUUAUGAAGGGCUCGCUCCCCUGGCGCCGUAUCCGCGCCAAGGAGGAGAUCGGCCAGAUGAAGCUCAAGAUCCGCUGGUCCGAGCUCCUCUCUAACCUCCCACUCGAGUUCCUUGCCUUUUCCGGCCAUCUCGACUCGCUCGACUACGCCGACGAGCCCGACUACGACCGCCUUUGCUCGCUCAUUCGCAAAAUGUGCAAGCGUCUCCGCAUCUCACCCGACGAGCCAUACGACUGGGAGCGCCGAACGCAGUACACCGACCGCUCGGGCGAUACCACCACUCUCGACCUCAACUCGUCCAACCAUCUCGAUGCCGGUGCCGCCGCCGCCGGAGGCGAGGUCCUCCUGCCCGGUGGCCGGGUGGCAGGCGCUGCAGACGCCGCGCCCGCUGCCAACGCCGCCGCCAACGCCGCCGCCGCAGACGCAAAAAUGGCAUCCACUCCCGCCAUGGGCAACGUCGCAAAGUUCCCGCCCGCAGCCGCUGCCUCGGUUGGCCGCCACCCGCCCAGCGGUCCCACCGCCGGCUCUGGCUACGCUCCGGCCUACCAGCUUCCAGGCAACGACUCGCUCGCCGUCUCCUCGCGCACCCUCAUGUCUUCGACCUCAUCGAAUGCCUCCUUCGUCCAGUUUCAGACCUCGCUCGCCAGCACCGGCGCCUUUGAGUCGUCCACCUCACGUUUUGCGGACGACUUUGCCUCGCUCGAGGCCAUGCCCACUGCCUCGCACUCGGGCGCCGGUUUGCAGCUCGGUGGGCCGCUCGUCGGCGUCGCCGUCGCGCCCAGCGCCGGCUCUACCCGCCGCUCCGCCGCCAUCGACUACUCGGACAUCCAUCUGCAGCCGAUCCACGAGGCCGGGGGCUCGUGCUCGCCCCGUGAUGGCGGCGCCGUCUCUGGCCCGCAGGACGGCCCCAUCGAGCUCGAGUCCAUGUCGGACGUCUCCUCUCAUGCCCCAGGCACUCCGCGCAAGAACUGCGACGCCGCCGACGCGACUGGUGCUCCCGCUGAUGGGACGCCGGCUGCUGCUGCCGCCUCGCCCACCCCGCCACCUGCAGACUCGGACGCCAACAACGGCACCGCCAAGAACGGUGGCUGCUGCGUCAUCAGCUAGCAACCUGCCUAACAAACGCACGAGCUGAGC